AUGAGCAGUGAGGCGAGGCGGAAAGUGAAAGAGUGGCAUCGAGUAGUCGAUGGUACUGGGGUCGUUAAGCUGUUUCAGGCUGUAGAUCUUACUGUAAACCCAAGUGUUGUGCGGGCAACAUUCCCGGGUCUCACUCCAUUUCGUCGGCUUUGUACUAGAGACAUUCUAACAGAGCUUGUUCAACUCCCAUCUGUUUCAGUGACAUCGCACGUAAGUUUUCUUAUGGGAGCAUUAUGGACAUUGACUCAACUUAGCCGACGUACCUCAAAUGGUGCAGCAAAGACCGUUUCACUUCUCCGUUUAUUCCUGGGUGUAUUAUUAAUAACAGUGUAUUUACGGUUUGUUAAAGUGCGUCAGCCUGUGAUUGCCUCCGUUUCAAAGCUUUUGGAUGUAUCCAGCUCACCAAGAGGACCUUGUUGUGUUAUGAAUAAUGUUCUUAGUAUUACAAACUCUCACGCAGGAACACACGCUGACACACCACAACAUUUUUGCUUUGAUGCUUGCGCGGAACCUUUUGACAAUGAUCAUUACACUGGAGAUGUAGUAAUUGUAGAUAUCAGUGAUCUUCUGGAGGCGGAAGCUGUAUCUACUGAUAAGAGUCAACCGCGACCUAUUACAAAACGUAUUAUGGAAACUGUUUCUACUUCUCUUGGUGAACUAUCGUCACCUGUAUGGCGUCUUUUGUUGGUAACGCGACGUCUUAGUACACAUGGUGAUGGUGCGUGGGAAACGGGUUUUGCUUAUCUUGAACGAGAAACUGUGCAAUAUAUUUCUGAAAAGUUCCCAUUACUUCUCCUUUUUGGUACGGAUGCACCUUCUGUGGAUCAUCCCAAUGCGGCUCCUAUUUGUGAAGCUGCACAUGGUGCACUUUAUGAAAAGGGAAUCGCAAUUUUGGAAAACCUGCAGUUUUCCCAUUUAUAUGAUGACUUAAAAAGCUCAAGAGUACUUCGUGGUUCAAUUUUGACUGUAUUCAAUGAAACAGGGUCUUUUUCAGAUAGUCGGGGGUGUCAUGUCUCAUUCUUUCCUGCCUUUGAAUAUGUAAAAGCAAACAAUCAGAAAUAG